AUGGCUCAACCAUCAGACUACAACUCAGCAUCGUCGUCGUCAUCAUCCUCAGUGGAUGGUCGUCCCUCGGGUCGAUUGAACCAUCACCAGCCGGCAGCCCGUCAGGUUCCAGCUACCCGAUUGCCGGUAUUGUUCUUGGCGGGUGUCCUGCUCCAAUGCUACUCACUUAUCCAAGGCCCAUGGAUGGCAUUUCUGUUGUGGGGAAACUCCUUCCAACAAGACACGACAGUAAUGACCAGCACAACUUUUGACCUGUGGUUGCUGAGUAUCUUGGCUUCCUUUGCUCGAUCUCUGAUGGCCAUGGUUCUGUUGGUGGCGUUUCGGCAAUUGAUGGCUACCCCCAACCCACACAACAACAACAGCACUGCUAAAAUGGUACAAGACCUGUGCUUCCACGUACAAUGCCGGUUCUUUGUCAGCUCCAUCAUGUGUUUGCUACCCCGUAGCAUCCCUCCGGCGGUAGUCGAUUUGGCAGUCUUGGCGGCGUCUACCUUGAAUCAACGAGUGGUUCGUCAGUAUUUGCAUUAUCCUUACACAAGUCUUACAACACGACAAUCUGGAAUCACCCGGUAG